AUGCUGGGGCCGCCAGUCUGGGCGUUGGUGGCCGGUGUCCUGCUGGCGCUGUCGCCGGGCCGGGCGGGGGGCGCCCCGAAGGCGGGCCGGCGGCCAGCACGGGCGCGGGGCUGCGCGGACCGGCCCGAGGAGCUCCUGGAGCAGCUGUACGGGCGACUGGCGGCCGGCGUGCUCGGCGCCUUCCACCACACGCUGCAGCUGGGCCCGCGCGAGCAGGCGCGCAACGCCAGCUGCCCGGCCGGGGGCAGGCCCGCCGACCGCCGCUUCCGGCCGCCCACCAACCUGCGCAGCGUGUCGCCCUGGGCCUACAGGAUCUCCUACGACCCCGGCCGCUUCCCGCGGUACCUGCCCGAGGCCUACUGCCUGUGCCGGGGCUGCCUGACCGGGCCACGCGGGGAGGAGGACGUGCGCCUGCGCAGCGCACCAGUGCUCGUGCCCGCGGUGGUCCUGCGCCGGACCCCAGGCUGCGCGGGUGGUCGCGCCGUCUACAUCGAGGAGUACGUCACCGUGCCGGUGGGCUGCACCUGUGUGCCCGGGCCGGAGAAGGAUGCGGACGCCGCCAACUCCAGCCUGGACAAAUCGGCCCGGCCCUGA